CACAAGCACACCCACAUCUCAGUAGGAUUCCGACAGAGAAAGAAGAUAGAGAGGAUGAAAACAGUAGGUAGUGAGAUUAUGAAGGCAGGGUAAGAAAGGGAGUGAAGAAAAAGAAGUAUAGUCAGAGCAGGGUAAAGAGUUGGAGAGGAGAUAAUGGAGAAAAGAAGGUCUCUGAUGGGGAAAGAAGAGAUCUGAAAUACUUAAUUGAGGAAACAUUAGUCCUUUUAGUGUCCUGUGUCUCUCUGGGAACAACAGUGUUUGCAUGUGUUCUUGUCCAGUUGUUUUUACGUUGAAUAGGACUGUGCAAUCUAAAAAGUCCCCUGGUGUUUUUGCUCAUCCUGGGUUUUAUUGUCUAUACAGUAUUAGAUUUCUAGAAGCAAAAUUAACUGGGCAUAAUUCUUUGUAGUGUAUAGAUGGUCCUUAAUGCUGUAUAAUUUUAUUGCUAAAUAUCUCUUAUACAUAUAAUUGUGUUAAAAGGCAGAACAGUCUGUGUCAUUUCAAUGGAGUUUAGAUCUAAUUCUGCCUGCUUGUAAUUGCGCAUGUACGUGUAUACAGUGCAGCUUUGUUUCUAUGGAUAUAUAUUAAUAUCGAGGAGAUGCGUGUGGUGCAGUAGUGUUUCUCUAUAUGGAAUAUAAUUCUGUGCAUUUUUGUAUAUAUGGGUAAAUAAUUAUUUUUCAAAGUGUUAACUACGUAUUGCAGUGUGUGUGAUUCAUUCUGCAUUGUGUUACAGUUGUGUGUUAUUUUUCCUUUAUAAUUGUUUACAUAGCCCUAACAUGUUGAUGAGCUUUCAUCCUUUUGUUGCUGCCUACUAUUGUAUAUAGCUAACCUUUGUAUACUGGCUAUUUGUGUGUACUUAUUUGUCAUUGUCGAAAUAGUGUUUCUGAAGGCUAUAUAACAUAGUAUUUAUUGGUCCUUUUACUGUGGCUGAUUAAGUGUGUUGUUGUGUAAGCAGUAUUGGUGUGACUGUUUAAUCUAUCCUUGAAACCUGUGUGCUGGUGUUUACUUUCAAGACAAUAUUGAUUUGUUAGUGUAUCACUGUAAAAAUCGCUAGUAUAAAGGGAGUCCUAGUGCCUCAGAGCAUAAGUACAUCUGUCAGUGAGAUGGGAGGCCAAGAACUUUACAUAAUACUGCUUCUUUUAGCAGUAACAGUGGUGGAUGGACACUGCCCACCUAAAAUCACAUGCAUUCUGAAAAAGAGAGAGAUGUGCACUCCAGGUAGCUACGACUGUGGCCCUUGUAGGUCUUCAUACAUGGAGGCAGCAAGUGGGAAAUGUAUAUUAAAAGGAAACAGGUCAAAGUUUACUGGACCUGAUGCAAUAAUUGACUUUCUGCAAAACAUGUUGAACUCUAUGAAUGAAGCCGGUUUUGCAGCUCCUAGUACCACAGAUAACCCAGCUGCGCCCAUUUUCACUUCUUCCUCUUUACAACCUGUAUUUCUCAAUAACUCCACUGCGACGGGAACCAGGAAACCCACUUCUACAACUUCUCCAGCAAGUGGACAAAAUUCCAGAGUUAGCCGGAGGAAGAAAUCUAUGAACCAGAACUUUUCACUAACUCUGAUCGUAAUCUGCAGCCUGACUGGGGUCUCAGGAAUAGUUGUUGUUGCCCUUUGCUGGUAUCGUUUACAGAAGGAAGUGCAGUUGGCACAAAAGACAGCAUAUGCCACAUGUGCAGACCGUCGCCAGCAUAUUUGCAACAGGUCUGCUGGUCACAUUUCCCAUUAUAUUCAACAGUAUCAAAAUAAGAAGCAACAGCUUCAGGCACAGGAAAGCAGGUCAUCAUUGCAGCCUUAUCGGCAACUCUCCACUGACUCUGAACCCGACACUGACGAUUUUACCAUCUAUGAAUGUCCCGGACUAGCUCCAACAGGAGAAAUGGAAGUUCACAACCCACUCUUUGACCCAGUAAGGUCUACACAGUGAUGCUAUUCUCAGUGGCCGCCUGCAUCUUGGAUUAUUAUGUACAUCCAAAAAGGAUUUUUUUCUUUGGACGCUGGAUGCAUGUAUUUUCAUUUUUACAUAGUGUCUCAAAAUGAAAAAUAAAGUAUUACUUCAAAAUCUUAUUAUUAUAUGAGUGUGCAAUAACAAGAAAUUGCCCUUUUGUUACAUACAGGAACUAAACCCUGAACAAAUUUUACUUAUCUGAUACAGAAUCAAGUAUUAUUAUUCAAAAUCCUCUCAUUUUAUGUGUUUCAGGACUACAUAGACUUUAAAUGGGUACUUUGCAACAGCAUCCUUAAAAAUAUUGUUUUGUGAGGCUAGAAUUUUAUUUUUGUAUUACUUAUCUUUCUAUUCAAGCCCUCAGCUAUUCAUCUUCCAGUUUAUCAUUCAAUACACUGGCUGCUAGGUUAAAAAGAACCCUAGCAACCAGGUAGCUAAUGAAAUUCCAAACUGCAGAGCUGCUCUAUAAAAAGCAAACAUUUUUUUAAAAAAAAACAUAAAAUGUAAAAAUAUCACAAAACUACCCUUUUACUUAGCACAUUUAAUCCUAAUUAAAACUGUGUCCAUGAAGUUUUGAAGGAUUAUCAGAUUUUGAAGCAUUUUGGAUUUUUAUAAAUGGCCAGUUAAUAUUUUGAGCAAGUAAACAACAACAAAGAAGUUUUGUGUUCUGCAAAUCUCCCUCAUUAAAUCUAAUCUGGUUGGUAUGCUCACUCACUCGGGCAUUUUGUGAAAGAUAAGCAAUAGAAAGCAUAAAAAUGACUAAUAAUCUAGUCUUAAAGUUAAAUAAAAUAAAGUGUGCCGCUUUGCCCAAAGACUCUUACCGUGCAUAGCUGCAGACCUGGGUGUACAAAACCCGGGCCAACACAGGAGCCAAACCACAACAAUUUAAUCCAAGCCAGGAUGUGAGGUGAAAAAGUACCCACUCAGCUGAUUUUGUUGCCAGUGGCCAGGGCGCAUCACUCCAAACCCAUAGCUUGGGGUAAGAUAAAACUCUGGAUACAACUCUGUCCAGUUGGUUUACAGUUAUUUGCUUUAUAUCAUCCUCUGUACUGAGCUUACUGACUUUAUUAAGUCAAGUGGACAACAUGGCCCAGAAAGUUUUCCAUUGUAGCAAAAGGUAUCUAGUUUCUGCUUUGUUAUUAUCUACAUGGACCCUGUAUACUGCUAAAAGCUUCUACAAAGGAAUAAACAAAGGUACCACAUUUUUUUUUCCACCAGAGUACAUGUUUUAACUAUAGCAUUUUAAGGUAUGUAGUAAUUUCCUUUGUGCUUCCUGUGCAGCAUAGGGGUGGUGUUUCUUAUCGAUAUAUAUUGAUUCCAAUGGAUAAUUAUAUGGCACGCAUUUUCAUUGCUCUUCUGGAUCUUUCCCAUCUUUGAUACCUUCUGCAUCAAGGCAUUUGCAUGAUAUUGCUGAUAAUUCAUUUGUGCACUUAUCUGACUGUAGUCUAAUUAUGGUUGUGUGUAGUAUUUCUAUUACUAUGUUAACAUUUAGGGGGAGAUUUAUCAACGUUCGAAUUCCAAUUUUUUUUCACA